GUGCGUGCGUGCGUGCUGGAAUAGCGCAGAGAGAGAGGAGCGUUUCUCUGAGAGAGAAGUUGGCUGGAGGAGGUGCUGAAGAUGGCGGAUGGAGACAGUGGGAGCGAGCGCGGUGGCAGUAGCGGGGGCCCUCAGCACUUCCAGCGGGAGCAGGAGACCCAGGAGCUGGCGUCCAAGCGCCUGGACAUCCAAAACAAGCGCUUCUACCUGGACGUCAAGCAGAACGCGAAGGGACGCUUCAUCAAAAUAGCGGAGGUGGGCGCUGGUGGCUCCAAGAGCCGCCUGACUCUCUCCAUGUCCGUGGCGGCCGAGUUCCGCGACUACCUCGGGGAUUUCAUCGAGCACUACGCCCAGUUGGGGCCAAGCAGCCCGGAGCAGAUCGCGCAAUCGUCCGGCGGUGAGGACGGCGGCCCGCGGCGUGCGCUCAAGAGCGAGUUCUUGGUGCGCGAGAACCGUAAAUACUACCUCGACUUGAAGGAGAACCAGCGCGGGAGGUUCCUGCGCAUCCGCCAGACCGUUAACCGAGGUCCGGGCUUCGGCGUCGGUGGAGGAGGCGGUCCUGGAGGCAGCGUGCAGACCGGCCAGACCAUCGCGCUCCCGGCGCAAGGCUUAAUCGAGUUCCGAGACGCCCUGGCCAAGCUCAUCGAUGACUACGGCGGGGAGGACGAGGAGCUGAGCGGGGGGCACGGAGCCGCGGGGGGGUACGGCGAGCUUCCCGAGGGCACCUCCAUCAUGGUGGACUCCAAGAGAUUCUUUUUCGACGUGGGUUCCAACAAGUACGGCGUGUUCCUGCGGGUCAGCGAGGUCAAGCCCAGUUACAGGAACUCCAUCACCAUCCCCUUCAAGGCCUGGGGGAAGUUCGGAGGAGCUUUCUGCCGCUACGCCGAGGAGAUGAAGGAGAUCCAGGAGAGACACCGGGAUAAGAUGUACGAGAGGAGAGAGGAGUCCGAGGGCGAGGACGUGGACGACGACUGACUGCAGACUUCGCCAGGAGAUGACCACACGUGUGAAACAAGAAGUGCAUGAACUGAACUCAAAUAGCCUACUAAAAUAUUCAUGGGACAGAAAACUAGAUCUGUGAAGUUUCUAUGUGGUGAGGGUUUCGGGAGGGGGGUUGUCUGUAUCGAAGCCAUGGGGCGAAGGAUGUCUCGUUGGGUAUGACUUAUUCCCGAUGCUGCCCUGUCCUGUUAAACCAGCAAGUUUAAUUGUCUUAGCUAACAAUUAAACCUUUGUUACAUCAA